AUGAGUUCCAAUCUACAGAAGCUAGAGCUAAUUGAGAAGGAAAAAGCAUUGAAGGGGGAUCUAGAAAAAUGGGUACUGAUUGAGGAAAGCAUAUAUAGACAAAGAUCAAGAGUGCAAUGGUUGAAGCUGGGGGAUUCAAACUCAGCUUAUUUCUUUGCUCAGAUGAAGAAUAGAAGUAAUUUGAAUGGAAUACAAAUACUAACUAAUGACAUGGGGGACCAGCUAGUGUUGGAGGAAGAUAUAGAGGCAGAAAUCAUGGGGUACUACAAGAAGUUAUUGGGUUCAAGAGCAGAUAAUCUUCCAGCUAUUAAUCUAAAUGAUAUGAAAAUGGGGGCAAUAUUGAAUAGGGAACAACAACUACAGCUUAUCAAGCAAGUGUCCAAGGAAGAAAUAUGGGAAGCAAUGAAGGAUAUUAGUGAUCUAAAAGCCCCUGGAUACGAUGGGCUAAAUGCUGUUUUCUUCAAGAAAUCCUGGCCAAUCAUUGGACAGGAUGUGACAAAGGCUGUGUUGGAAUUUUUUGACUCAGCACAAGUGUUCAGGCCUAUCAACUGCACUGCCAUUACCUUAAUUCCUAAAGUCAAAGUAUAG